AUGAUAGUGCGUACAAAUUAUUAACAAGAAGAGGGCAAAAUAAUCAUCUAUGAUGAAAUACAAAACACAGAAACCCCUAAUAAAACAUAUGGUUCUGAGGAUGAUGAACCUUAGAGCUUCCAAGAUAGUGAAAGUGGCUCCUCAAGUCAUAGGGGGCUAGCUGAUCAAAGAUUUUAUGGUAGACAACCUAAUGUAUUGCCUUAAUAAUACUCAGUUUCAGAUAUUAGAGACUACAAAUUAGACACAAUACAAGAAGGAGGCUCAUCAAUAUCAAGUGGUCGUUCCUUGAACAACAGCAAGGGUAUUAAUUUUACCAAUGCUAAUCUUGAGGAUGUGAAUACUUCAAAUAUGAGUUCACAAAAAUGUAAAAUAUUAAAUUCAACACACGGAAGCCAUUGCAUUAAAAAAAUACUCAAGACAGAUACAGAUUACUAGGCUUACCAACAUCAAUUCAACAAUCAGAAAUUCUAUUUUCCACUUUAAGCUCAGAUAUAUUAUCAAACUCAAACAUCUAAUUGCUCCCCCAAAAAUGUUUAGAGUCCAAAUAAUGCUUCUUUCUAGCGAUAUGGUCAUAAUAGUUUCAUCUAUGAAGUGAAUUAGAUGAGAUUGUAGGAUACAAAUUUAACGGAUCUAUACAACCUAGGGAUUGCCGGAAACAUGAAUAUGAAGAGAAGCUUUGGGAACCCUAAAACUCCAAUAAAUCUACUUAACACCUAAUAGAUUAAAGAUCUUUCUAGCAAUAACAGUAACUAUAUGUUCAAUAGUGAUGAAAGACAAAUAAAAAACAAGGGGUGUUCUAGCUCUAGAUACAGAUAUGAUUCCAAGGAAGAUGACGAGGAAGAUGAGGAAUACUAGUUUUAAUUCUAGAUAAGACCCGAUGAUAGCAAUUCUAAUAAUGCAACAACCGAUUAAAUCUUACCAGGAAUGCCAAUUUAAUAUCUUGAAUAUCCUAUGAGCACCUCAAAUAAAAGUAGCAAUUAAACUGAGACUGAGAGAGAUAACUCGAUCCUUAGUUUUCCAGCAAAUACUGCUUAGAAACAUCAAUAUAUCUACCAUAAUAAUUCUGAAGUAGACUCGAGCAGAGUGGCUGAGGUUAGCAUUUCCAAAAACAUACUGAAUUAAAACUUCAAUCUUAACGGUCUUAAACAUUAAAAAAGUCAAAAAAAUCUAAUAGUUAAUCAAUAGCAAUAAGAUAGUGGAAUGAGCAAUGACCCAAACAUUGUCUUGCAGAGGCAUUCUAAUAAAAAUAGCAAUAAACAAAUUAACCCUAAUGUCAACACUAAUAAAAAUAAUAGAGUAUCCUCUGCAUUGACAGUAACAACAAUCCCAGAUGAUGAAUCUGCUUUGAUGGAUGAAAAGCCAAUCGUUAAUUUGAUUAACUAUUUCUCUAAGCAGGUUUCAGUAAAUAAAGAAAACAACAGCAAUAACUAUUAAUAGUUUUCAAAUCAAAAACAAAAGCUCUAGCUUCAUUAAUAAAGUUUUCAAAGAAGUCCUAAGAUUAUGAAAGCAUAAUAAAUGAGAGGAGAUAUCGAUGAAGAUCAGGUUUAUUCAAGUUUCAGUUUAAGUGAAGAUUAGAGUUUUGAAAUUAGAGAUAAAGAUACUAAUAAAGUGAUUAUGAGAGCAUCAAUUCAACAAACUUAGAGGCAUCUGAGAAAAAUAUCAUAAAUGCUAGAACACUAAAAAAGCUAGCAUGAGUUAUUUGAAAAGAAUAUUCAGAUUCAAUACUCUAGUUCAAGUGAUCAAGAAUUAGGAAGAGCUGGUAACAUUUCUAAGAACAUGAAUAGUCUUGAACAAGGAAAUACUGAUGAGAGUGAAGUACCACCUGACACUGAAAGAGAAAUGAUUGCUGGUCAAAGAAUUUCAGUUAUCAAAAGUAUCUUGCAAAAGAUGUUGUAUAUGUAAUCUAAUAAUCAAAGAAAUGAAUAGUAGAUCAUACAAACUUAGUGGGAUAGGGACGAGAUGCUAGCAUUAACAGAUAUUUUCAAGAAUAUUGUCAAAUCUGAAAUUGAAAACAAAUAAACUACUACAAAUGCAACAUUUAAUUCUCAAGACAAUACCUACCUAAAAGUAUCAUAACUUGAGCAAUAAAAUUUGAGGCUUGCUAAAGAAAACGAAGAACUUAAGAACAAGCUUAGAAAUAAAACUAAAAAGAGCAACAAGAAUAACAUGAUUAAUAUUAAUGACGAAAAUUAUUAUUAGUCUGACGAAGACGAAAAUAGUCACAUGAGCAGAAACGAGUCAAUAAAGUCUAAUACUCACUAAAUAAGUUCUGAUUAUCUAAUGAAAGAAAGAUUAUUUGAAAAUAGUCAAUCCUGCAAUAAAUGUGUCACGAAUAGAAACAGCAAGGUUUAGUGUACUUAAUGCUCUGAAAAAUACCAAACACAAAAACAGCCACUCUAACUAAAACCAUUAAAUUAGACUCAAUUAAAUUCUGCAAAGCUUACAAGAGCUACCAACACAAAUGCAAACAGUUCUAGAGGAAGCUUUAUCAACUAACAGAAUAGCGUUUCAGUUAAUUCAACUGCUAUUGAACUUAAUAAAAAAUUAAAUAGUUUGAAUAUAAGUGAAAAUCUAGGAUUGAAGAAAAAAGACCUUAAGCCAAAGGUCUAUAGUACUAAGCAUAGUUCAAGAAAGCCAAUCGGUCAUUAGACAAACUUUGGUACUAACUUAAAUACAACUUAGAAGGUUUCUUCUUUCUUGAAGUAAUGA